AUGACCGCCGGUUCCGAAGAGCACGAGCCACUAAUUUCAUCAUCGGUGGACAACCAACGGGUUACUUACAACAAUUCCCCUCAGGAUGGGAACACACCGAGCGGGUCCCCUCGCACAAGCGGUGGCGAAAUCACCUUGGCAAUACCACAGUCCCGCAACUACGGUGCCAUUGGCGGCACGGAGAAGGUCACGUACACCUGGGCUGAUGUGAACGCUUUUGCCACCGAGUCCAGGUCCCGGAAUCGAAGGUUCUGGAACUGCUGGAAGACCUCGUCCGACCGAAUGUUCCAGCAGCGGAAACAGUUGUUAAGAAACGUAAAUGGGGCGGCGUAUCCCGGUGAGUUGCUGGCGAUCAUGGGGUCUUCAGGUGCUGGCAAGACCACGCUGCUCAACACCUUAACGUUCCGAACACCCAGCGGCGUGGUCUCGAGCGGGACCAGGGCACUAAACGGUCAGCCCGCCACCCCUGAGGCACUGACCGCGCUCUCAGCUUACGUGCAGCAACAAGAUUUGUUCAUUGGCACGUUAACAGUGAAGGAGCACCUAAUCUUUCAGGCUUUGGUGCGGAUGGACCGUCACAUACCUUACGCGCAACGCAUGCGGAGGGUACAGGAAGUAAUCCAAGAGUUGGCGUUGUCCAAAUGCCAGAACACGGUGAUCGGAAUCCCUGGACGGCUGAAGGGCAUAUCGGGGGGCGAAAUGAAGAGACUCUCGUUUGCCAGCGAGGUGCUGACGGACCCCCCGCUGAUGUUCUGCGACGAGCCCACCUCUGGGCUGGAUUCCUUCAUGGCGCAAAACGUCAUUCAGGUAUUGAACGGGCUGGCGAGGAAAGGCAAGACAGUCGUGUGCACGAUACAUCAGCCCUCCUCGGAGCUAUACGCCAUGUUCGACAAGCUGCUGAUAAUGGCGGAUGGCAGGGUCGCCUUCCUCGGCUCACCGGACCAGGCCACCGAAUUCUUCAAAGAGCUCGGAGCAGCUUGCCCAGCGAACUACAACCCAGCCGAUCACUACAUCCAACUCCUAGCUGUCCGAGUUGGGUUGCAAGAUUGCUUCAGAAGCCGAGAAUGCCUUGUUUCACGAGCGCAAGAUCUCCGGCGGCUGGGCGGACGCGCCGUGGUCGAGCGUGGCCGCGUUGCGCGCGCGCCGCUCCCCCUACAAGGCGAGCUGGUGCGCGCAUUCCGCGCCGUGCUCUGGCGCUCCUGGCUCUCCGUCACCAAGGAGCCGAUGCUCAUCAAAGUCCGCUUCCUGCAGACCGUAAUGGUGUCCAUUCUGAUCGGGGUGAUAUAUUUCGGCCAGCAUUUGGAUCAGGACGGAGUCAUGAACAUCAACGGCGCGAUAUUCAUGUUCCUCACGAACAUGACCUUCCAAAAUAUCUUCGCUGUUAUAAAUGUGUUCUGCUCGGAGCUGCCGAUCUUCAUACGGGAGCACCACUCGGGCAUGUACAGAGCGGACGUGUACUUCCUAUCGAAGACGCUCGCCGAGGCGCCCGUGUUCGCCACCAUACCGCUGGUGUUCACCACCAUCGCGUACUACAUGAUCGGCCUGAAUCCGGCGCCGGAGAGGUUCUUCAUCGCGUCGGGCCUCGCGGCGCUGAUCACGAACGUCGCCACCUCGUUCGGCUACCUGAUAUCCUGUGCUAGCACUAGCGUCAGCAUGGCGGCAUCAGUCGGGCCUCCAAUCAUCAUACCCUUCAUGCUGUUCGGUGGCUUCUUCCUCAACUCCGGGUCGGUGCCGCCGUACCUGGGCUGGAUCUCGUACCUGUCCUGGUUCCGGUACGGGAACGAGGCGCUGCUGGUGAACCAGUGGUCGGGCGUGGACUCCAUUGACUGCACCAGGGAGAACUUCACCUGCCCAGCGUCAGGCCAGGUGGUUCUGCAGACGCUCAGCUUCUCAGAGAAGGACUUCACGAUGGACGUGGUGAACAUGGUGCUGCUGUUCAUAGGGUUCCGGUUCCUGGCGUACCUCGCGCUGCUGUACCGCACGCGCCGCGGCAAA